AUUACGCGUUUUUUAUGGAGGGUUACCGUGAUGACCGUUGCCCAUGACAUCCAGAGCCAAGGAAGUUCGGAAGUGAAGAUUUGUUUCUUUCCUCCAUAUUUCUCCCAGGGAUCACAUAGAAACCUCUCUCUCUUUCGGUCAGGCAGAAUGGAAGUCGCAUCGAGGUGCUACUGCCAUGCCCAUCUCUCGUUCUUGAUGAAGAAGAACGCGGCGGCUCCUUUCCCGGAGAGAAGAUCCAAGUACUCGGGUCAGUCCGUUAGAGCAAUUCCUGUGCGGGUAUUGACGGUGGGCAAGAGGAGGUCUCAAGGGGUCCAACUUCUGGUCGAAGAGUACAAGGAGAAGCUCAAAAACUAUUGCAGCAUCGAGGACGUUCUUAUCAAAUCUAAUCCAAAGAAUACUGGCAAUGUGAAGGCCCAGAUCGAAGCUGAAGACAUGCUUAUCAUGCAACAAAUUAAGCCUGGAGAAUGGGUUGUUGUGUUGGAUGAGCAUGGAGCAGACAUUGGAUCUGAGCAAAUGGCUGACUUGGUGGGAGAUGUAGGGACAACACCAAAAAACAAGAGAAAGAGGAGAAGAAAGGAAGGGAGAGGAAGGGAAGAAGGUUGCUCCAUCUUCUAUAUCAGAACCAUCUUGCAUAAUUAAGGUAAGGUCUUCCUCUAUCAUUAAUUUAGCCAAAAUAAAGUAAAAUAAGGUAAUUAUGAUAAAUUUUUUGCAUGAAAUUAUGAGAUAUUAUGAGUAGGAUGUAAAUUUUAUUUUUAAAUAUGUAUUAUAUUUUUGUAAGAUUAUCAAAUUUUUAGAUGAGUCUAACAUAUGAACCUAGGCUUGAUCAAGCAGAAAGUAGAUGAAUUUUAAUAAUUGGAUGUGGUUUAUUCUUUUUUGAUGUAUUGCAUACUUGAUAGUCUAAAAUGAUUUUUCUCAAAAAAAAGCUAAGAAAUAUCUAAAUCUUUUUUUAGUUUCUCCAAUAAAUGGGCCCUCUAAUAAAUGGGCCCUCUUUGAAAACAUGUGCCAUAUUAGAUAUCUUUACUUAAAUGCAAGACCUCUUUUUGAGUAUCGUCACUUAUAUCGUGAUUACUAUGACCAAUUGGUCAUAGUUGACAUAUGGUUCAAUUCAUGCCUGAAAUGGGAACCAUAACUUGGAAUUAAUAGAUUCCAACCUAUUGUUGACAUGUGGCUAUAUUUCUUAUAACCUUUAAUUUUAAAAAUAUAUACUAGCUUUUAGUUCAUGAUAGACAAGAUGUGCAACAUACUUGUACCACAUGUUACAAAUUGGAUGAUUUGCUAUUAAAUUAACAUUAUUCAAAGAAAAUGUAGAAAAGGUAGAUAUAACAUUGGCAGCUUAAA